UGCUUUGGCGCCGUCUGGGGAGCGCGAGCCCGCGGGUGGCGCGCAGCGCAUGGUGGCGGCUCCUCUCGGAGCACAGCCGAACCGCUGACCCGGACUCCGUUCCCCCUGCCCGGCGCGCCCCGGCGGCCGGCUGGAGGCAGAAACAGCAGCAGCGUUAGCAGCAGCAGCGGCGGCGGCUGCUCCGCCGCCGUCUCCGCGGGAGCAUGGAGUGCGCCCUGGACGCCCAGAGCCUGAUCAGCAUCUCCCUGCGCAAGAUCCACAGCUCCCGAACCCAGCGCGGCGGCAUCAAGCUGCACAAGAACCUCCUGGUGUCCUACGUGCUCCGCAACGCGCGCCAGCUCUACCUGAGCGAGCGCUACGCCGAGCUCUACCGGCGCCAACAGCAGCAGCAACAGCAGCAGCCGCCCCACCCCUCCCCCGGCUUCUACCGGGGCGCAUACCCGGCCCCCUCGGACUUCGGCUUGCACUGCAGCAGCCAGACCACCGUGCUGGACCUAGACACUCACGUGGUGACCACGGUGGAGAACGGCUACUUGCACCAGGACUGCUGCGCCUCCGCCCACUGCCCCUGCUGUGGCCAGGGCGCUCCGGGACCGGGCCUGUCGUCCGCCGCCGGCUGCAAGCGCAAGUAUUACCCUGGCCAGGAGGAGGAGGAAGACGACGAGGAGGACGCGGGCGAGCUGGGGGCCGAGCCCCCCGGGGGCGCCCCGUUCGCCCCCUGCAAGCGCGCCCGCUUCGAGGACUUCUGCCCGGACUCGUCCCCGGACGCGUCCAACAUCUCAAACUUGAUCUCCAUCUUUGGCUCCGGCUUCUCGGGGCUCGUGAGCCGACAGCCGGACUCCUCGGAGCAGCCGCCGCCGCUCAACGGGCAACUGUGCGCCAAGCAGGCGCUCGCCAGCCUCGGCGCCUGGACUCGAGCCAUUGUCGCCUUCUAGGGACCCCCGAGGGCACAGGGACCCGGGGCCCCGCGGGGCUGGGGCCAGACAAAGACUCGGCCAAGGGGCGAGAGGAGGGAACGAGCGGGCGCCGGGCCACUCGGGGCUGAGCUGAGGGCCAGCAGGGGCAGGCGGCUGAUGUUUUAUAAAUUGUAAAAUAAAAAAAAGAAAUCUAAAAUCUUGGACUUUAUUUUUGCAGAGAGAAAAAGCGCCUAUUUAAGUAUGCUUUGUGUUUCUCCUACUCUUUUUUUCUUUUUAUUGUAGUGAUUGCAGUGGUGUUUAGCGAGGAGCCUGCCACGUGAGGGAGGGCUGCUGCCCGGAGAAGGUGCCGGGCAGCCGGGGGCGAGGCAGGGCGCCCUGGCCGCCGGGGCGCGCUGGGGGCGCAGCGCAGGAGGGCGCGGGACCCGGGACGCCGAUUCCAAUCAGUUGUCAGACCCGGGAAGCCCGACGUUCCGCUCUCCCAAGUCUCUCUGUGGGGUGAGGAAUGGGUCUUGUGAAAUUCUGAGCAAAAACAAAGGCAAACUAUCUCCGAAAGGGACGUUUGGGUCACAUUUCCUCUCUGGGGGCGGACUCCAAAGUUCUCAAAAUGAGAAGGCAGAAAUGAAAACACUUCAACUUUUUUUUUCUUUUCUUCCCGGGGCGGGUGUCUUGAACCCCUCUUCUCCCCGCCCCUCUGGCUCCGUUCUCCUCCCCUCCUCCACCCGUCUCCCGGACUCGGGGGGGGCGCCUGACACCCCGACACUCUCGGACACUGUUUGGGUAAGGGGUGGGGGGCGGGCACGGCGGACUACAUUUCCCAUCAUGCCCAGCACUGCGGUCCUCACUAAACAAAAAAGGAAGUCAAUUCCUUCACCUGGAUCCCCCGCGGCCCCGGGGGAGGGAGGGGCCGGGACCGCCGACUGCGUUGGAGACUUUGCACUAAGUUCCUGGUCAGCUGUGGUGUUUGUGUGUGUGCUUCUAAGUUGCACUGCCUUGGUUCAGCCUUCGGUUGCAUUUCAUGAAACCAGCAUUGUUCGAGCCUGUGAGAACCCCGUCCUGUGUCUUCAGCUCGAUAGAUUUGUUUAAUUUAAAAGCCUUUUGUUGUAAAAAGGUGGGGUUCGUCUGCAGCCCCUCUGGUUCUCUGCCAUCAGCACCGUGUGGACUCCAAAACAAGUUGCCAACCCUUCCUUUCUCGGCCCUUUUCCCUCAUUGCCCUGUAUUUUUGUGCAUACGGAAUUGUAUAUCACCGGGUAAAACUGUUCAGAUUGUUUAAAUUUAUAAUCUUAAUAAAAAGUCGAUUACAGAA